AUAGCCUUGAAAUAAUGCCACUUAUAAAUUUCACCGCCCGCCCGAUUUUCCGCAAGGCUCAGCCAAUUUAAGCAUCAUCAAUCAAUAUUAAUAUAUAUCAAGAAAUCAAAAAUCCAUCAACGAAUCUACGAUUUGUCACAAUUGUAGGAGAUCUACACAUUUUGAAAAAAAUGUCUACUUCUAGACCAGCAACUCCAGCUUCUCCUCGAUAUAUAAAGAUCAAAUCACCACAACCUGGGGUUCCGAAAUAUGGCUGUCGUAUGUUUCGCAAUCCACUCGUGGCGCAUUCUCAGCCUUCUCAUCAAUUGCUAAUAUGGCAUCCUAGUGCAUAUUCAACUACUCUUGAACCCGGAUAAUGAGGAACGUAUGAAAAAUACAAUUACAUAUUAUAAGAAUUGUUUGAGAGUGGUUCUAGAUAAUACUCCAAUUGUUCCACAAACAUCUAAGACUCCGAAAGGCCCGCCCCUCACUUCUCUGACGCCAAAUUAUCUCUGUUUGCAAUGUGACCGGACGGCUACGGCGCAGGAUCAUGUGAAGCAUGGCCAGGAAACUUCGCAUAGAUUUUGUAUGUUGGGGUUGUGGUGCAAGUGUUUGCGACUCCGCUAAUUGGUGGCAAAUUAGAUGUUGAAUCGAGGACGGGGGCUUUGUUUUGCCAAAUGUGCAAUGAUUUUGUAUGGGAUCCUACACUAGAGGAGUUAAGAGUGAGAAAGACAGGGACUGGCUCUUUUUCUAGUAAGUCACGUAUGAGUUAUAUGCCUCCCCCAAGCCUUGUUCUGGCAAGCCUCGAUUAUGAACUUUUCAGCGACACUGGCUACACUCCUAUAAAGUUGCAUAUUAAAUCUCCAAAAUGACUCCCUUCUAGUUUCCUUUAUGCCACCUCUCAUUUCUCUUUAUCCGUUGUAUCCAUUGUAUCUCCACGCGGAAUACUGAUUUGCUUCUCUCUUAAGGUCGAAAACGAAAACACGAUGAGCUUUUUACAGACGCUACGAAAGAGGACCCAAGAUUUAUAUCCACAAAUACCAUGUCCGCUCCUUGUAGAGCAAGUGGUGUUAGGGGUAUUUAUAACAUGGGAGCUACCUGUUACAUGAACGUCAUUCUUCAGUCCUUCGUUCACAAUCCUCUACUUCGAAAUUUUUAUCUCGGAGAUGGUCACCAAGCAAGCGAAUGCGAACAAAAAAAUUGUAUGAGUUGCGCUAUGGAUGAUAUGUUUCAAGAUUUUUACUCUCAAGAAAUUACAACAGGAUACUCAGCUUCGAAUAUACUUGCCAGCUUUUGGCUUUCAAAGAGAAAAGCAUACGAAGAAUUAGCAAGUAACAAAGAGCAAGACGCUCAUGAGUUCUUUCAAUUUCUUACAGAAGAAUUACACGAAAUUAAUGGCGGGUCACGAGCAAGCGAUCGAGAAGAUAGCAGUCCAAAUCCUAAGCGGUCGAAAAUGGAUCAAGGCUGCAAAUGUAUUGUGCAUCAGACAUUCUAUGGGAAGCUUCAAAGUACUAUCACCUGCCAAAAUUGUGGAGACGUAAACACAUCAGUCGAGUCAUUUCUAGAUCUAAGUUUAGGUCUUGAUGUUAUUCAGAAAAAGAGCAAGCUAAAAGCAGCUUCCGGCACAAUCAGUCUCCAACGUUGCCUAGAUGAAGAGUACAUUCGGGCUGAACGUUGUGAAUAUUCAUGUCAUCAAUGCGAUACUCAAGAGGCAAAAAAGCAACUCAGUAUCAAAAGUCUGCCAAACGUUUUGUGUAUUCAGCUUAAGGUAAUUCUUCUUUUUACCUCCGUUACUAGGUUACAGUCCAAUCAGAACUAACCCGAAAAUAGCGCUUCAAACAAGAUCCUAGAGGCCUAGCCUCAAAAAUUGAUACCACUGUCACAUUUCCACUUCAGCUACAUAUGCUUCCUUAUACCAAUCGAGCACGUGGUCAAGACACAAAGAAUAAUUUCGAGUUGGCCAGGUCGUGUACUUAUGAUUUACAAAGUGUUGUGGUUCAUGUUGGAAAUUUGGAGACUGGUGAGCAAGCACCUCUUUCCUUGUUAUCCUUCAUCACUCCAUGUCUUGUGUGAGGUAUGUUUAUGAUGAGAUUGCUAAUCAGAGGUGUUUAAAUAGGUCACUAUGUAUCCUACUCUCGAGUGGGAAAUCAAUGGUUUAAGUUCAAUGACCAUAAUGUUACAUUGGCUAGCAAGAGUCAAGUGUUAAAUGAACAGGCUUUCCUUUUAUUUUACGUUAUUCAAAGUCUAGCGUAAUGAUAUAUGGUGAGUGGGAGUGGCACAAGUGGAUUACCCAUCAUAUAGAUAAAAACAGAAACGUUGAAGAAGAUGUCACAUGGGAGCAUAAGAGGAGAGACAGAAGUGGAGUGCUGAGGCAUGGCAUGGCAUAUACACAAAGUAUUUCGGACUGGAGUUGAGGAAUAGGGGUUUCGCAUCCAGAAGGCGUUAAAGUUGCGGGUUUUGCUUGAUGGGAUAUGGAGCAGGAAUUUGAUAUGGUAUGGUACGGUAUGGUAUGGUAUGGCAUGGUUGGUAAUUCAAGAAUUAUAGAGAUUCGAU